AUGGGGCCCCCUACUGACCCCGGGCCCUCGGGCAGAGCCCGAGUUUCCAAAUGGUCAGUCCGCCCCUGCUAGUGUCAAUAGUGCUGCCCACAGCUCCUGUGUUCCCACAAGUGUACGAAUUAUAAAUAUAUCCAAAAUAGUGCAACGCAGGGACACCUAUCAUCAGGGCACUGAUGCUCGGUGUGCCCUGAUGAUCAGUGUAGCUCCAUCAGUGCCACCUGUCAGUGUCCAUCAAUCCCAGCUGUCAGUGCUCAUCAAUGCCACCUGCCAGUGCCCAUCAGUGCCACAUCAAUGCCACAUAUCAGUGCCUACCAGUGCACAUCAAUGCCAUAUAUCAGUGCCCAUCUGAGCUGCCUUUCAGUUCCACCUAUCAGUGCCAGUCAGUGCUGCCUAUCAGUGCCAGUCAGUGCUGGCUAUCAGUGCCACCUUUCAGUGCUGCCUAUCAGUGCCAUAUAUGAGUGCUGCCUUUCAGUGCCCAUCAGUGAUGCCUGUCAAUGCCCAUCAGUGCCACCUACCAGUGCCUCAUCAGUGCCCAUCAGUGCCGCCUAUCAGUGCAGCCUAUCAGUGCCCGUCACUGCAGCCUCAUUAGCGCACAUCAGUGAAGGAGAAAAAUCACUUAUUUACAAAAUGUUAUAACAGAAACUAAGAAAAAAACUUUUGUUUUCAAAAUUUUCAGUUGUUUUUGGUUUGUUUAAGAAAAAAAA